UUUGAAUUUAGCUCCCUCAGCAUCAACAUGUCCUCCGCCUUGCGCAAAUUGAUUCCCUUGGGCAACCGCGUGCUCAUCAAGAAGGUUGAGCCCGUGCUAAAGACGGCCGGUGGCAUCUACCUUCCUGACUCGGGCAAGAACUCGCAAACCGAAGGCGAAGUCGUCGCCGUCGGCCCUGGCGCGCGCAACCACGAAGGUUCCCUCAUCCCGUUGGGUGUGUCGGUGGGCGACAAGGUGUUGCUGCCGGAAUACGGCGGAUCCGUCCUCAAGUUGGGUGAAGAUGAGUUCCACCUGUACCGCGAUGAAGAAAUCCUCGGCAAGUUCCAUUAAGCACCGUCGCCGCUGCCUGUAGUCUAGAGAUCGUCUGUUGUGCAACACUGCGCUGUUCAAUGGAAACCCAAUUUUUGACAUAA